AUGUCGACGGGGGCCGUCGGCAGCGUCAUUUAUUCUGUGAGCAAAGGAAUCACCCGAACUCCGGUACUGCCGGCGUCGACGACCACCACUUGUGUGGAUUCUGCUUCCAUCCACUUCAGGGUAGACUACGAGCAAGUCAAGAACCUUGGCAUCGACGAGGUCGUCUGCUCUGAGCUCCUCACCGUCGGCCAACACCUAUGGAGGAUCGACUGCUACCCGCGCGGACCGGUAGGGUACUCCAAGGAUGACAUGGGGAAUUAUGUUUCCAUCUACCUUAAGCACAUGAGCGAUUCCGAAAGCGUACGCGCAACCUUCAUCGCCUUCAUAAAGGAUAGAGAUGACAAGCCAUCAGAAAUACGACUGAAAACUUACCUUCAUGACUUCACAAUCAUGGGCGCCCCUGACCACCUCGACGACUGGGGAUGGAAUCGGUUUGUGCCAAGAAAGGACCUAGAGGAAACCUAUCUUAUUGACGGGCACGUCACGUUCGUAUGCACCAUCAUGGUCACGCGUGAUACUACCCCUGUUGUCACCGUGCCGCCAUCCGACAUCAAGAACCAUCUCGGCUGCUUACUGGAUCACGCUCACGCAUAUGGGACCGACGUGUCGUUUACCGUCCACGGUGAGACAUUCCCCGUGAACCGAGCGAUUCUUGCAGCCCGCUCACCCGUCUUCAAGGCAGAGCUUUUUGGGUCCAUGGCCGAAGCUACAAUGGCAUCCAUCACACUACACGAUAUCACACCUUCAACAUUCAAACGUAUGCUUCGGUUCAUAUACACGGAUGAGUUUCCUACUACUACUACAGAGGAUAACACAUCCAAUUCCAAUGAGGUAUUGUUUGACUUACUUGCCGCCGCAGAUCGGUACGCACUUGACCGGCUAAAGCUUAUGUGCGUCCAAAAGUUAUGGGAUAAUGUGUCAAUGGAUACAGUUACAGAUAUUCAAGCUUGUGCUGACAUGUACAAUUGCCUCGAGUUGAAGGACAAGUGCAUUGACUUUGUUGCAAAAGAGAAAAAAUCGAAGAAACCUCUUGUUUCAAAAUCGAUUCGAAGAAGCCCACGACAUCAUCAGGCUAAGGCACAGAUUUCAUAG